AUGUUCUUUAUCUAUAUAUGUAUUUUAUUAUCUAUCUAUCUAUAUCAGUUUAUUCUUAUCUAUCUAUCUAUCUAUCUAUCUAUCUAUCUAUCUAUCUAUCUAUCUAUCCCAGUCUCUUCGUAUAUCUAUCUAUCUAUCUAUCUAUCUAUCUAUCUAUCUAUCUAUCUAUCUAUUUAUAUCCGUUUAUACUUAUAUAUAUAUCUAUCUAUCUAUCUAUCUAUCUAUCUAUUUCAGUUUAUUUUUCAUAUAUCUAUCGAUUUCAUUAUCUAUCUAUCUAUCUAUCUAUUUUCAGUUUAUUUUUCAUAUAUCUAUCGAUUUCACAUGUUUAUUUAUCUAUAUAUGCAUUUUUUAUCUAUCUAUCUAUAUCAGUUUAUUCUUAUCUAUCUAUCUAUCUAUCUAUCUAUCUAUUUAUCUAUCUAUCUAUCUAUCCCAUCUCUCUUCAUCUAUCUAUCAUCUAUCUAUCUAUCUAUCUAUAUCCGUUUAUUUAUCUAUCUAUCUAUCUAUCUAUCUAUCUAUCUAUCUAUCUAUCUAUCUAUCUAUUCAGUUUAUUUUCAUAUAUCUAUCGAUUUCAUAUGUUUCUUUAUCUAUAUAUGUAUUUUUAUUAUCUAUCUAUCUAUCUAUAUCAGUUUAUUCUUAUCUAUCUAUAUCCUUUAUUCAUCCAUCUAUUCAUCUAUCUAUCCAUCCAUUCAUCUAUCUAUCCAUACCCAUUCUCUCUAUCUAUCUAUCUAUCUAUCUAUCUAUCUAUCUAUCUAUCUAUCUAUAUCCGUUUAUACUUAUCUAUCUAUCUAUCUAUCUUCAUAUCUAUCCAUCCAUCUAUUUAUCUAUCUAAUUUCAUUUAUUCUUAUCUAUCUAUCUAUCUAUCCAUCUAUCUAUCUAUCUAUCUAUCUAUCUAUCUAUCUAUCCCAGUCUCUUCGUAUCUAUCUAUCUAUUCAUUCAUCUAUCUAUCUAUCUAUUUAUCUAUCUAUCUAUCUAUAUCCGUUUAUACAUUCAUCCAUCUAUCUAUCUAUCUAUCUAUCUAUCUAUCUAUCUAUCUAUCUAUUUCAUUUAUUCUUAUCUAUCUAUCUAUCUAUCUAUCUAUCUAUCUAUCCAUCUAUCUAUCCAUCCCAUCUCAUUCUAUCCAUUCAUUCAUCUAUCAUUCUAUCCAUCUAUCUAUCUAUCUAUCUAUCUAUCUAUCUAUUCAUCUAUUUAUCUAUCUAUUUCCAAAUUCUUUAUCUAUAUAUAUAUUAUCUAUCUAUAUCAUAUUCUUAUCUAUCUAUCUAUAUCAGUUUAUUAUCUAUCUAUCUAUCUUUAUCUAUCUAUCAUCUAUCUAUCUAUCUAUCUAUCAUCUAUAUCAGUCUUGCAUCUAUCUAUCUAUCUAUCUAUCUAUCAUUCUAUCAAUCAUCUAUCUAUCUCAUCUAUAUCCGUUUAUACAUCUAUCCAUCUAUCUAUCAGUAUCAUCUAUCUAUAUCCAUCUAUCCAUCUAUUUUAUAUCUAUCUAUUUCAAUCUAUCUAUCAUCAUCUAUCUAUCUGUCUAUCUAUCUAUCCAGUAUCUAUAAAUCCUUUUAUUCGAUUAUAUCUAUCUAUCUAUCAUCUAAUCUAUCUAUCUAUCUAUCUAUCUGGGAAAGAAUUUAUCCCAGAAAGAAAGAAAUCUAUCUAAUUUUUCCAUCUAUCCAUUCAUUCAUUUAUCUAUUAUCAUCAUAUUAUCUAUCUAUCUAUCUAUCUAUAUCCGUUUAUACUAAUAUCUAUCUAUCUAUCUAUCUAUCUAUUUAUCUAUCUAUCUAUCUAUCAUCUUCUAUUUCUUUUUCAUCUAUUUCUAUCUAUCUUUUAUUUUAUAUAUCUAUCGAAAGAGUUUCAAUUAUUAUUCUUAUCUAUCUAUCUAUCUAUCUCUAUCUAUCUAAUCUAUCUAUUUAUCCAUCCGAUCAAUCUAUCUAUAUAUCCCAUCCCUCCUCUAUCUAUCAUAUCCAUUCCAUCUAUCUAUCUAUCUAUCUAUCUAUCUAUCUAUCUAUCUAUCUAUCUAUCUAUCCCAGUCUAUUCUAUCAUUAUCUAUCUCAUAUCCAUUUAUACUAUUCAUAUAGACAUAUCAUUAUCAUCUAUCUAUCUAUCUAUCUAUUUAUCUAUCUAUUUCAUUUAUUUUUCCAUCUAUCAUAUAUCUAUCUAUAUAUAUAUAUAUAUAUAUAUAUAUAUAUAUAUAUAUUUAUUAUAUAUCUAUCUAUCAGUUUCCGUUUAUUCUUUUUUAUCUAUCUAUCUAUCAUCUAUCUAUCUCAUCUAUCUAUCUAUCUAUCUAUCCCAUUAAAUCUAUCUAUCUAUCUAUCUAUCUAUCUAUAUCUAUCUUCUAUCUAUCUAUCUAUCCGUUUAUCUAAUGAAAAUCUGGAUCUAUCUAUCUAUCUAUCUAUCUUAUCUAUCUAUUUAUCUAUCUAUCCAUCCAUCCAUCUUGAUUUUUCAUCUAUUUAUCGAUUUUCAAUAUGUUCUUUAUCUAUAUAUAUUUUUAUAUUUCUAUCUAAUCAGUUUAUUCUUAUCUAUC